GGGGAAGAGAAGGACGAGAGAAUGUGAGGGAGCCAGGAAGAGGAGAAGGGAGCGAUCCAGUGGAGGAGAGUAGCGGCCAGAAGGAGAGAGAGGAGGGGGUGUCCAGACUGGACGGACUGGACAGGCUCAGCAGUGCCUUGAUGGAGCAUGGGUCAGGUUCUAGGAUUCUCUCAUUGCAAAGAGUUUGGCUCUGUCUCCUCAACACCUGACUCCACUCCUCCCUGUACAGAUGGUGGUAAUGAGGAGUCAGACUUUCCAGAGCUGAUAACAGCAAGGGAGUGGUCUGAGGAUGAAGAAGGCCCUGAGGAUGAUGAUGGUGGCCUUAGCAGUCCCUCUGUAUGGGGCACCCCUCGUCAGAACUCCUUUGAACUCACGUUCUCCUACAUUGCCUUCUCUGAGGGUGAGGGGUCAUCACGCAGAGACUCAGGCCGACGCAGGGCAGGGGGCAGGGGUAGGCGGGGCUCACUGCAUCGAGUGGACACUGUGGAAACUCUCUUACCUCCAGACUCCCCCACUGUGGAGUGGGACCCCCAUGCCUUCAUGAGUGGAGAAGGGGAGCUGGAAGCAGGUCAGAUCGGGGAGCUUCCUGAACCAACAGAGAGCAUCGAUAGGACUCUAGAGCCCCCCAGACAAGACAUAGAGGAAACUUCUGAUAAAGACACAGGGACACCCGGAGAAGUGGGGGAAAUCUCAGGCAGCCAGACAUACUGCGUUACAGAGAGUUUACAAACUCAACAGCUUCAUGGGUCAGAGCCCCCUGUCACCACGGAAACCAUGGCCACAUCGCAGACUGAAGACACAUCACGCCUAACACCACCUCUGAUUGGUCAAAACACUCAGGAAGAGCUGACAAGAGAACGAUGGAUUUCUACUCUCGACCUAUCAGAGGGGCCGACGAUACACAUCCACAUAGCAGUGUCUCUGUCUUCUUUGUUGGGGGCGGGUAUGAUUGAUCAGUGUUAUUUUUGGCCAGUGGGUCGAGGGGCUGUUGACAGCACAGGCCAGAAACAGCUGCAGGGUCCUAGGUUGAUCAGGGGGACAGAGAGGUGGCAGGAGAGCGCUCACCCUCCAGCAGCUAGCAGGAUGGCCAGUAAAGUAAUGGACCUGAUCUACUGGAAGGACACAGAGCGGACAGGCAUGGUGUUCACUGGGCUGGUGGUGGGCCUGCUGUCCCUCUUCCAGCUCAGCAUCAUCACUGUGGUCUCAACUCUUUCACUGGCCAUCAUGUGCUUCACCCUCUCCAUACGGAUAUACUGCAAAGUCCUACAUGCCCUGCAGCUCAGAGACAGCGCACACCCCUUCAAAUCAUACCUGGACAUGGACAUUGGCCUGAUUGGAGAACAAGCUGACCACUACAUGCAGAGAGUAAUUGUCAUGAUCUGCUCUGCUGUGGAUACACUGAAGCGCCUGAUCUUUGUGGGUAACCUGUUUGACUCCCUCAAGUUUCUCCUGCUGAUGUAUCUGGUGACGUAUCUGGGAGCCCUUUGCAAUGGCCUUACUCUGCUCAUCAUUGGUGUGAUUGUUGUCUUUUCUGUCCCCCUGUUCUAUACUCGGCACCAGGAGAAAGUGGACACCAUCCUUGCAACAGUACAAGCCCACAUUGACAACAUUAAGGACAUCCUGACUCGACUAGCCCAGGGUGGUGGCCCUCCCUCUGACCCCACCCCAGGUGGAGCCAAACCCAAAAGCCAGUGAAGUGUCACAGAGGGGCGGUGUCAGAAAGGAUGAGGGAGGAACAAUAGGCUGUCACUCAGAUGUCUUAAUCAACUGUUUGGAGCACCACUUUCAGAGUAAUAGAGGGUAAUGAGAUAUGGUGUAGUCUGAACAAGGAAAUAAGGAUCUAUGAAGGAUGAACAGAGUGGAAAAGUGAUUUGAAUUUAGAGGCACUUUUUGGUCAUGUAUGGCUCAGUGGAGUCCUGAAAGUCUGUCUGGAAAAAAGAAGAAAUUGAUGAUGUCAUCAAACCAUCGAGCCUUGAACACAUGGGGUGGUGCACCAGAACUUUUUUGAAACGAGAAUGACCGGAGUCUGCACUAAAGAUGAGCCAAAACCAAGUAGCCCAGGACCAGAGUGCCAGUUCUUCUUUCACUUUUAACAGUUUUAAAGAGAAUGACGUGUGUGUAUGUGUGCAGUCAUGGACGUGCAGCUUCAUCCUGUGACAAUAUGUGAGAGCUAUUAAAACUGCAGUAUCAUUUUCUUUUUC